CGCGCCCGCAAACAGCAUUUAAAGGUGGACACGUAUACGGCAAGAGACGUAACGGGACACGAACCGGACGCGCGUUCCACGUCAAAUACUAAUUUAGUAAUGUCGGUGGAUCAAUGUUAAUACAUUGAUGCGCGUGUUUAAGCGCGAGGCUGGCGUAACGGAAGCCGGUUCGGUUCGGUUCAGACAGAUGUGCGGUCCAGCAGAAACAAACAAACAAACAAACAAAAAGCUCAUCAUUAUCUGAAGCAGAAACAGGUGACGUAAUGGAGCUGCUGGAGUGUCCCGUCUGUCGGUUCCUCAUGUCCGAGCCGGUGUCUGUCUCCUGCGGACACACGUUCUGCCGUAAGUGCGUGUCUGGCUACCUGCCGUCCAAAUGUCCGUCGUGCAAGGAGAAGCUCAAGCCGAGAGAGGUGAGAAGCGCCAGGAAUAACGUGUUGCUGAUCGGUGUGGUUGAAAAGUGCUGUUCGGAGGAGAUCAAGCUCAAGCGCCACGUCCAGGACAAGCUCCGAGCCAAGGAGUUUACAGAAGCUUUACGCAUCGCAAACGAGGCCAUCGAAAGAGCUCCAGAUGAUCACAGUUUAAAGGUGUACAGAGCUGAAGCCAACUGGGGCCUGAUGCAUUUGUCUGAUGCUCUGUCAGACUUUGACCACCUCUGCUGCCUUCGUCCCAACUGGACUGAGGGCUUCUUUCGUAAAGGGAAUCUACUGCUGGAAAUGCGCCAGCAGACAGAAGCACUCAUCCAGUUCUAUCGUUGUCUAAAACUCCAGGGUGAUUUUGUUCCUGCCAAGAGUCAGAUCAAGAAGAUUUUGGAGCCCGAGGGUCUGACUGUGCCAGAGGAGGCAUCCUGCAUCUUGCAGGUAGUGUCUGAGCAUCUCAAAAAACAGCACUCUCCCAUUAUCAGUCUCAGUGACUCCCAGACAUAUGCUGAGGACCUCAAAUAUCCACAUGGGAACGAGCCAAAUAGCAAAGGGCAUGAAGGAGAGGCACCACAGGGCUCCAAAGUGAAGCAUGAAACGGGUACUGAAUGCUGCCUCAGCUUGUGCCAAGCUGUUUCCUUCCUUCCUGCUGCUGAAGAGGAUGAGGAACUGAUGACAAGGAAGGAUGAGAGACAUGAAAGAGGUGAAAGCGAUCACAGCAGAGACAAAAUUCUGUCCGUGCUCACUGUGUCAGACUUCGAGUGUCCUCUCUGUAUUCGGUUGUUUUAUGAACCAGUCACUACUCCCUGUGGUCACAGCUUCUGCAAAAACUGUAUGGAGAGGAGUCUGGAUCACAACCUCCGCUGUCCUCUGUGCAAACAGCCUCUGCAAGAGUACUUUAAAAACAGAAAGUACCACCUGACAGUUUUGCUUCAGGACAUUGUGACUCGGCUGUUUCCCUCUCAGUUGGCAGAGAGGAAACAAAUUCAUGAAGCUGAGAUCGCUGAGCUGUCUAACCUCAAUAAGGACAUCCCAAUAUUUGUUUGCACGGUGGCUUACCCUGGAGUGCCUUGCCCUCUUCACGUCUUUGAGCCGCGAUAUCGACUGAUGAUGCGCCGGUGCAUGGAGACUGGCACCAAAAAGUUUGGAAUGUGCAGCUAUGAGCUUGGAAAAGGAUUUGCUGAUUAUGGCUGUAUGUUGGAGAUCCUUGGUUUGGAACUGCUGCCUGAUGGAAGAUCCUUUGUGGACACAGUGGGGGGUAGCAGAUUUCGGGUGCUAAAGAGAGGUCAGAGAGAUGGAUACCACACUGCGGAUAUUGAAUAUCUGGAGGACCUGAAGGUUGAUGGUGAGGAGUUGGAACUGCUGCAGCAUCUCCAUGACAGUGUGUACCAGCAAGCUCAGGACUGGUAUCAGCACCUUAACACCCGCAUCCGGGAGCAGAUUACCAGACAGUACGGCACCAUCCCUGAGAAGGAGGACAACAUUCAGACCUCUUCCAAUGGUCCAGCUUGGUGCUGGUGGCUGCUGUCUGUCCUCCAGCUGGACCCUGCCUAUCAAACCACAGUCUUGUCGCUGACAUCACUCAGAGACCGCUUGGGACACCUGCGCCUCAUCCUUGAGUACUUCUCCCAAAGCUAAAGUCUGCAGGCAUUAAUACUGUGGCAGUAUAUCUCUGAAUAUUGCCACAAACACACACAAAUUAAUGAAUGAAUGCACAGUGAAGGAUUAAAUCAGUGAUUUUACAAAACUGAGUCCCAAAGUGUUGGAAUAAUUUUUAAACAUGAUACAAGUGCUGUACAAGUGGGCUGCAUGGUGAAGCAAAGAUGUUUGUCAUAACUCCCCCCCAAAAAUGUUAAAAUGUUAAAUUAUCAUAUGUCAAACAAUAUUAUUUUAAAGAGACACUGGGGCCAGAUGUAUAAAACUCCGCUUUACUUCAAAACUAAAACUCUACAUGCAAACCACAAAAUAUACAGAAAAGGGUUUUUUGCUGGAUUUCGCUGUGCUUAUUACACAUUGUGAGACUAUGCAUGUGUACAGACACAAUCACCACUUCAAUAUUUAACCACAAAUGUUUAAACAGAAAACUUUAAUCUACUGUAUAUGAAAACCAGUGAAAAGAACUACAGCGCCGCGCACAUAGAGCACAAACGUCCGCCAACACAAGUUUCCAAUUCCACAAAUUUUUACCUUGGAAAAAAUUUUCAAGGUCAUACAACUGUUAGAAGCGGCUUUUCCUAAGCUAAAAUAAUAUAACACAAUGCAAAAAUACCCCCAGCCAUUUGAGCAUUGUCUUCUUUAGAAUUUGCAGUUGUUUAAUUGGUAUCCCUGUGCGAAGUGUGUGUGUGUGUGUGUGUGUAUAUAUAUAAAAUAUACACACACAGUUGUAUGCAAAAGUUGGGGGACCGCUUGGUCGGCGGCACUGGAUCAGAUCUGGAUUAAACUUUGGUAGCCGAUAAAGGUUCCAAUGAUACGUAAUGCUCUAAAAUAGGAAAGAUUUGAUCUUUUUUGACAGAGUUAUGAAUUUUAGAAAAUUUGUUCAGUGUUAAAGGAUAGGGAUUUUUCCAAGAUUUUUUUUUUUACCUUGAACACUGAAUCAGCUCUUGCCUAUCAGGAUAUGAAUCCUCUGUAAAAAUUUCAUUACAAUAUAUGACAAAUCUGGGUUACAGGCUGUUCACAAACAGACAAACCGGGGUGAAGACAUAACCUCCACCCAACUUCAUUGAUAGAAGUGUAACAAGAGAAGUGCAGAUUUAAUGAGCCAGUUAACAUCCUCAGUCACAGAGGUGAUCUUGAAUUGUGAUUCUUCAGAAGGCUGCUGGUUUAACUCUCCAUAAUGUCAUUGUUCACAAACCUGAGCUCGGUGAUCCUCACAGGAUUACACAGUGCUACAUCUCUUAUUUGAAAAGAUUAUAUGGUAGCUGAUCAUUAAUUCAUUAUUUCAGCAUAAUGAAGUAUCAUCUGCAGCGAUUCUGUGGCUCCAUCCUCAUAAAAAGUCAGCAACCUCUCACACUUAUUUCACAGUUUGCACAAUAUGUUACUAUAAAAGGGGCAAAAGGAAACCUGAAAGCAGUGAGGUGCAACCACAGAGGCCAUUCAGAGAAUGUAAACCUUUGCCAAAGUGCAAUAUGUUUAUUUGACCUUAACAGUGGAUUCAAUGAAGGCAGUGUUUGUACAAAAUGCAAAUAACAUAGAAAUCAACAACAGAAUUGUAGCAAUAUGAAAAUGUGAUCCUGAAUCUACAACUAUCCCCAAAUCAAAUGAAGUCCUCCUUAACCCAAGGUCUACUUCUCCACUUAACUGAAAAACAUAUCAUUUGUUCCAGAAAGCGGUUUAAAUUAUACUGCAUUUAUACAGCACUGUGCAUUUUCCAUUUGAUGCAGAUAAUUGAAGCACUUGACUUUAGACUUUGUCAUUGUAUUGAAGGGGCCAGACAACAAUAUAAAAUAAAAUUUAUCUGACAAUCUCUGAAACAUAUCUAAAACAAACAUCAAAGGUAGAAAAUAAAUAAUUAAAACAGUCAAAUAACCAAUCAUUGGAGAAUAAAUAGUCGAAGAUUAAAAAGCAAUCAGAUAAUCAUCGGUCAUUAAGUAAUCAGUACCAAUAUGAUAGCAGCAGGUUGUAGCAGUAGACUGUACAUUAGAUAAGACAAGGCAUGUAUUGAAUACACUGGUCUAUACAUUUUAGAGGUUUUUGUAUUCUGAAAUGUUCUGCUUAUUACGGAUUUUGGCAAGCUGAGUUCAAAUAUAAUAAUAAAGUGGCUGACCUGGCUCAUGUUUCCAAGAUAUUUGAGUUUUUACAUUUUACAUCGACAUAAUUAUAUUGUGUUUAUGGUAGAGUUAUCAUGCUAACUGUAACAUAGGUCUUUUCUAAUUGUUAUAUAUAAUAUUUCACCUGCUUUCUUUUAAUAACACUUUAAAAAUCAACAAAGGGUUACAUAUUAACCCCUAGUAGGAUGGUAGCAGUAUAUCUUAAAAACUAGAGCCAAUCAACAAUUUAACAUUUUCAUUCUCAGUGGCCAAAAUUACUAAAGUUUGACUAUAUUUACUUUGGAAGCAUUUCGGCUAUUGACCAGUUGUGGGCACAACUAACCAGAAAGUUAGCUUUGAUAACAGUUAAUCCGCUAACUGAAAAGUUAACUUUCAUAAAGCCAAACCAAUAAACCCCUAAAAAAAUUUAGCGGAAGUUACAGAUACAAGCUAAACCAAUAACUUCAGUACUGCCUUCGGUACACUAGCAGCUACUGACACAACAUUGAGCCAGCGCUUCUGUGUCAGAUCAGACUUCUCUCAGCAAAAGACACCGGGUGACCAGAGAUAAAGCAAAGGAAAGAGCAAAAAGAAGAGGAAGGGGAAUGGGAAAAUGAAGACAAUUUCUCUACACACCAUACAGACUCGCCAGCAUAUCACCCAAGUCAUGCGCAGGCAGUUCUGACUUAUGGUUAAAAUUUUAAACAAACUAAUUCCGGACAAGUUAUUUAAAUUAACGUCAAGUCUGUCGUUUUAUAAAGCGAAAAUAUCAACUAUAUGUUUUAGUUUUAAAGUAAUGCACUAAUUUUGAAGGUUUUAGCAUUCAGACACACAUGCCACACUGUUUUGGCUCAGGACUCUUCUGCCUCCCUCACAGGUGUUGAUAGUUCUCCACCCUUUUUGCAUGCCUCUGCCUUCUUUCUGUAAGGUGAACUGAAAUAUCUAAGCAGGAUAUGACGUGAGAGGAUGUUGAUGUGUGUUAAAGUGGCAUUCUGUUUGGGUUUGAACCUGCGACAGGUUGACAGAAGCAGAAUGACAUUUAAUAUGUCACAUAUUAGUGAAAGUGAAACAAAGGAAUCAUGAGGUUACAGCCUUGAACAGUGUUUUUGAUAUUUUAUUUUAGUUGCUUCAGUGUACAUGUUGUGCCAAUGGGAUUCUACCUAAAUGAAAAUAAAAUGUUAUUCAGUGACAUUCUAUCAUUUUUUUAACUAGUAAUAUUAGUAGAGGUGUGGUUAAAUGAACAUAUGGGGGAGGGGGGGUGAACACAUAGCAGCCUUCAAACUGACAUAUUAACUCACAGUAAUUUUCUUUCGUGAAAGUUGUCUUUCCUUUGCUGCAGCUGUUUUUUUUAAUGUGCUCGCAUUCACCAUAAUUGCAUAUUUGAAAGUAAUAUAACCUUUUUCCCCCCUCCCUUUCUCUUCUACCACCCCAGUUACCAUGGUGAAUCUUAGUAUCAGUGCUCCGCAGUUGAUGGCUUUUUAUUGUUGUCAUAUUGCAUUAACAUACCCACAUUCUCAGAUUGAACUAACACUGACAACCAGUUCUGCAACUGAAAAUCCAGCAUUUCUCUUCUUGGACUUCACCAACUCCGAGUUCAGGAUUAGGCUCAGAGUUUGUUUUGUUUAAUUUUUUUUCUGCAGUAGACCAAAUAAAUAAUAAGCCAGGCAAACAUUACCUCGUUGGCAGAGAUAAUAAUGACAUUAUUAUAGCAGUUUUAAAAAAUUUUCAUCCAACCUUGAUUGAAAUAAUUGGGUGUAUCAACUGUAAUGGAUCGUGCACAUGCAGUAGCGUUGGUUAACAGAUUAAGAUUUGUGCAGUGUUUCAUACAUUUGGCCCCUUGUGUCGAUUAUUUUUUCCAAUGGAUCAUAAAACUUUUGCCCACACAGUGGUAUUAGAUAAGAUAGACCAUGCAUAAUAGUCUUUGCUUGCCUUAUUAUAGUUUUUUUUCUUUCUUUUAAACUAUAACAAAAUUUUUAUUGACAUUGACAGCUAAAAUUGCAUAUGGCCGUAGGUGGAAUUAUCAGGACUAUGCACUUUGAAGAUAAAUGACUCUUGUUUUGCAAGGAG